AUGCUUUUAACGCUUUUAAAGCUUUUAACGCUUCUAACGCUUUUAACGCUUUUAAUGCUUUUAACGCUUUUAACACUUUUAACGCUUUUAACGCUUUCAACGCUUCUAACGCUUUUAACGCUUUUAACGCUUCUAAUGCUUUUAAUGCUUUUAAUGCUUUUAUCGCUUUCAACGCUUAUAACGCUUUUAACGCUUUUAACUCUUUUAAUGCUUUUAACACUUCUAACGCUUUUAACGCUUCUAACGCUUAUAACGCUUUUAACGCUUUUAACUACCGCCAUGACCCCCCCUACCCCCGCAGACGUGGAGGCGUGUGGUGCAGACGGCGGCCACAACGCGGAGGUCCUGCGGCAGCUCCUCGUGCAGAAGAGACAGGACAGCGACGCGGGGGAGGCGCCCUCGUGUGGGGGGAGUGACGCGGGCUCCAUCAUCACGAACCCUGCCUUCCACCGCCACCGCCUCUCCCACCACAGCUUCCGCUCCACCGUCUCCGACUCUGAGCUUGAGCACUCCAAUUUCCCGCGGGGUAACAAGAGGACCUCGAGCAUGUGGUCGAGCAAGAGUUCGCUGUCCGCGGGGGUUCGCUACCACGCCUCUGGUACCAUGAUACCUGCCUCCACCACGCCCUCACCUGACUCCGGCAGGACCUACCUUUAUGAAGGGCUGAUCGGCAAGGAGCGGUCACCGCUGUGGGACCAGAUGCAGUUCUGGGAGGACGUCUUCCUGGACAGCGUCGCUCAGGAGCGCGACAUGGUCGGCAUGGACCAGGGGCCUCGCGAGAUGAUGGAGAGGUACAACAACUUGAGCGAGUCUGAGCGCAAGCGACUGGAGCACGAAGAGGACCGUCUGCUGGCGACGAUGUUGUACAAUCUAGUGGCGUUCAUGGUCAUGGUGAACGUGAGGAAGGAGGAGAUCAAGACUAAAGUGCGUCGUUUGCUCGGCAAGUCCCACAUAGGACUCGUGUACUCGCAGGAGCUCAACGACCUCCUCGACCAGAUCAACAAUCUCCACGGCAACAACAUCGACCUCAAGCCCCUGGGGUCGCGGCAGAUGCACCGGCAAAGCUUCACCGUGCACUCCGGCACCGACGCUUCAGGAGAGCUGCUUUUCCUGGAGGUGCGGGACGACGGUCUCAUCCUGCGUUCAGUGAGCGGCAUCAUCAUGGAGCGGUGGUGGUUCGAGCGCCUCGUCAACAUGACGUAUUCUCCUAAGAAUAAAGUCUUGUGCUUGUGGCGACGUAAUGGCGGCCAGACACAGCUACACAAGUACUACACUAAGAAGUGCAAGGACCU